AUGCGGGGGUCCGGCGCCAGGUCGGGGUCACCACCCGGCUCUGGGCCACCGCCAGGCGCCCUAGCUGGCCGAAGAGCCUUGCAGGGCCAGGGGCAGAUUCGGACCCAAGCCCAGGUGCAAUACUUACGGGUUGUCUUUGACUCCUUCUUUUCUUCCCAUCAGAAGCUGCAUCAAAGGCCGCUGAACCGCACAUCACAGCCACCGGCCGGGUCCAACAACUACCCAGACUCCGGGGUGGCGCGGGCUCUGUGCGGUGUGGGUCCCAGCUGGGUGCACUUCAGCUCGGCAGUGCAAGAAAUUGAGAGACUUACUGAGCGACUAGAGGAAAAAGAGAGGGAGCUGCAGCAGCUGGUGAGCCAGCCGCAGUAUGAGCGAGAGAAAGAAGUCGUCCUGCUACGGAGGAGCGUGGCCGAGAAGGAACGGGCCCGCGCUGCCAGUGAUGUUCUGUGCCGCUCCUUGGCUGAUGAGACCCACCAGCUGCGGAGGACACUGGCCGCCACUGCUCACAUGUGCCAGCAUCUGGCCAAGUGUCUGGAUGAACAACAGAGCACACAGGGGACUACGGGGGAGAAAAGUCUUGAUGAGCCAGAGCAUACAGGCAGGGACACCUCUGUCCAGGUUGCUAUUGAGAAGUUGCAGGAAGAAAAUCGACUGUUAAAACAGAAGGUGACUCAUGUGGAAGACCUCAACGCCAAGUGGCAGCGCUACGACGCUGGCCGGGACGAGUACGUGAGGGGGCUCCAUGCGAAGCUGACGGGCCUGCAGGCCACCCAUGAGCCUGAGCUGAUGAGGAAGGAAAUCUCCCGGCUCAACAGACAGUUGGAGGAGAAAAUAAAUGACCAUGCAGAAGUGAAGCGGGAGCUGGCAGCCACCAGGAUAGCCCAGGAUGCCGCGCUGGAGCGGGUGCAGAUGCUGGAGCAACAGAUUCUUGUUUACAAGGAUGACUUCACGUCAGAAAGAGCAGAUAGGGAACGGGCUCAAAGUAGGAUUCAAGAACUGGAGGAAAGGGUCACUUCCUUGCUGCACCAAAUGUCCUGGAGACAGGACUCCCGAGAGCCAGGCCCCUGCAGGAUUCAUACUGGGAGCAAAACCACCAAGUACUUAGAGACUGAUGCAUUGGAGCUUGCGGUGCCUGAUGGCUGGAGGCCUGGACCUGGGUCUCAGCGGCUGGAAUCCCCUUCGGAGAGCAGGCACUUCAGCACAGCCCAGGGAGGCCAGGGCGACCUUCAGUGCCCUCACUGCCUGCGGUGCUUUGGUGACGAGCAGGGCGAAGAGUUCCUCAGGCAUGUGGCUGAGUGCUGCCAGUGAGCUGGGACUUGCUUGUGCUCAAACGCAAGGAGUUGAGCUCUACUGAGAUCUAGUGCCCCCAGAAUGGGGUUGGGGCACUCUGAUUAUUCACCCCUUUGGCCAUGGAACAGACUAGGUCAGAGGGAACUGCCGGUGGGGUUGGGAGCAUUUGACUGGAGGAGGCCACAGUCCCGCCUCUCAUGGAAUUUGGGCUCCCAGAUUGUCAGGCCGAAACUGUGAGCAAUCAGGUGCAGAAAUACUUACAGGCCAGCAUGCUAGCCCUACCCCAGCCUGCAUCUGGGGAUGCUGCAGCUUGCCAGAAGGAGAUGGCUGCUUGUGGGAGCCAUGUGUGUGUUUCCCAGGGUGGAAGCUGCAUCCUGUUCUGCGGAGUAAGGUGUCCCCCUGCUCCUGGGACUGGAAGGUUUGUAGAACAAAGCAUUGCAGCUGCACAUCACACCAGGGGGAUGCCCCAACCACGGCAGAGCCACACAUCUGCACUGAAAAUUGUUGCACUGCAAUGGCAUUGUCAUGUGUCUAGAAGUUAAAGCACAUUUAUUUCCUGCUCACUUAUUUUUAUAAUAAAUGUGCUUGCUACUAUGA